AGAACUCUAAUCCUUGGUGAUUAGGAAAUUUAGGAUGAUCCUUGCUGGUCACCCUCCAUUUUUUAUUCAUGUCAGGCAUUUUAGAAAAUAUGACCACUAUUUCAAGGAUGUUUUCAUAUAACAUAUGCAGGGCUUUUUUUCAGCGGAAACAUGGGGGAACCAGGGGCGGACUGACCAUUUGGAAACUCGGGCACUGCCGAGGGCCCGGGAUGCCCCUGGUACCUUUUUCAUAGGCUUUUUUGAGUUUGGGCAAGGGCACAGGGGCCCCAAAAUCCCCUAUUGCCCGGGGGCCCCAUGAGGGGG